AUGGCUAACAAACUAGCCGAUUUACCCGCCGUCCCUGGACACGCCAAAAUCCCUGAGAACGAAGCAGCUGAUCUCACUGCUAAAGAGGGAGCUGCCUUAAUCCCUCCUGCUCCUUACAAAUCCUCAUACGCCUCGCUAAAGAGAUACGCCAAGACUCAAUCCCUAUCUGCUGCUCAGUCACAAUGGGAGAAGGUGGCACCACAGAGCUAUUAA